UACUGUGUGAAAUUUGAUAAAUUUGUCAGGCUUAUCAAACUUUUGGCUUGACAAAAUGCUAGUAUAGGAGAAAUGUUUCAAUUUCUAGUCUUUAUUGUCAAACGAAUCUUUGCUAAUGUUAAAAAAACCUGCUAACGUUUUACCCAUAAUAGUUAUUUAGUUAAGCGCAUCGAAGAAUAUUGACAUUUUAGUGUCUGUAAACUGUAUUAAAAACAUAUAUUUUACUAACAAAACUUUCUGUCUGACUACUGAUAGUAUUUUUUAUAAUAACUCUGCAUGUCAAAUAUUUUUACCACUAUACUUUGAAGAUCGAGAAAUUCUCUUUAACAGAAGUGCAGAUAAAGAGUUGCAAGCACUUGCAGCUGAUAACAAGUGACGUAGCGAUUCAGAGAAAGAAGGACCUCAUCUGAAAUGAAAAAUCUUACACAAGCACACAAUGCAAUGCCAGCUUCUGAAAACAAUAAAAUGAGCAGUUUGAUGAAGUGUCGAAUUUUAUUAACGUUUUCAUCUUAAAAUGAUAUCUUUUGUUUUUUCUUUGUAUUCAGAAUCCUCGAAUUGUGCCGGAAAUACUUAAUUUUUUUCAAAUUUGUCUAGAUUCUUUUCGUUGGAAUCUGUUUGUAGUUUACGUGAAAAAUGUUAUUCGAGGUAUGAUUAUUAUAGCACUUUGUUCACUGCUCGUCGUCCGUGACCGGCUGUACACAAAGCUAGGAAUUAAAAAUAUUUUCUAGCAGAAACGUUUGGUUCUCCUGUACCGACGAGAAGCGAAAUUGUGCCCGUUUGAAUUUGUUAUAAACGAAAGUGGCAAAGUUACAAAAUAUUUAUGGACAGCAUUGAUAUAUUUUAAUAAAGGAGAAGUGAACGAACAUGAACGAAGAACAGUCAGGAAUGGACGAACUUGCCCUUAAAAUAAAGACAAAGUCAGGUGAAAAAGAGGGAAUUCAAAAGAAGACGUUUACAAGAUGGUUGAACAUACAGUUUAGCAAGGCUCGUGCAAACGCUGAAGUGAAGGAUAUUUUCAAAGAUCUUCGAGAUGGUACCAAACUCAUUCUUCUCCUCGAAAUUUUAACUGGAACAAAAGUUAAACGAGAAAAAGGACGAUUGAGAGUUCAUCAUCUUAACAAUGUUGGUCAUGCAUUGAAUUUCCUUACUUCUCAAAACGUUAAACUUGUUAACAUUCGUAAUGACGACAUUGUCAAUGGCAAUCCUAAACUGACUCUAGCGUUGAUAUGGUGCAUUAUUUUACAUUAUCAGGUGAGUGAUGUUCUACGUGAUGUUGUUGGUGAUAAUGUACAAGAUAUGUCUCAAGUUGAAAAGACACUUCUUGACUGGUGCAAACAAUCAACUAAAGGUUACGAAGGUGUAAACGUAGUUAACUUAACAACAAGUUGGAGAAAUGGACUUGCAUUUAAUGCUCUCAUUCAUCGUCACAGACCUGAUCUGUUUGACUAUAAGCCGUUACUAAGAAAUAACUCGCGUGGAAAUCUUGAGCAUGCGUUCAAAGUCGCUCGUACGCAUCUUGGCGUACGAAUGUUACUGGAACCGGAAGAUGUUGACAGAGAUCUGCCGGAUAAGAAAUCAAUCAUGAUGUAUUUAACAUCAUUGUUUGAUACACUCACUCACGAAGAGAACCAGGAAAAAAUUCAGAGCCUACCUGUCACCAAAAGUACUCAAAAUGAAAACGAAGCUUUAACCGGUGAGGAGAAAACGUCAUCACCUGGAGAAUGGCGGGAUUAUAACGAAAAAUUGAACGACGUUCUCGCAUGGCUAGAGAAAGCAGAGAAACAGUUGAACAGUCAAGCAAAGAUCUCAGAUGAUGUCGAUGUUGUGAAGGAUCAGUUUCAUGAACAUGAGAAGUUUAUGAUUGACUUGACCAACCAUCAGUCAAACAUUGGCAGCCUGUUGGAGUUAGGAAAUGGUUUGAUUAGUGAAGCAUUAGUUGGAGAGAAGGAAGAACAUCAGAUUAGAGAGCAAAUGAUCAUGUUGAAUGAUCGUUGGGAGGCAUUGAGGUUGGCUGCUAUGGAUCGACAAAGCAAGUUACACGAGCAAUUGAUGGAUUUACAGCAGAAACAAAUCGAUGAGCUUGGGUCAUGGCUCACAUCUGCUGAAGCUAAAAUUGAAGGCAGUGCUCCUGUUGGCUCUGAUACUGAAACAGUUGAACGGCAGAUUGAAGAUCACAAGCGUUUCCAAGAAGACCUUGAAGCACAACAACAGAAAGUGAAUUCAUUGACCCAUAUGGUUGUCGUAGUUGAUGACAAUGCUAAUGAUAAUGCCACAGCUGAACUUGAGGAACAGUUGGGGAUAAUGGAGGAGAGAUUUUCCAGAGUUUGUACAUGGACUGAGGAAAGAUGGGAACAAUUGCUAGUGUUGCAGACGAGAGAACGAGAAGUUAACGAAAUGAACAAGAUUGACGCAAGUAACAUUGAUGAUGUUCACAGAACAAUAGAUCAGCUACAGAGAUUAGAAGUGGAAAUGACUGAAAAACAGGCGUCUUUCCAAGAUUUCAAUGAUGCUGCUCGAAAAGUUGCCGAAAAUGUCCCUGAAGAUUCUGCUUUAAUCAAACAGAUACAAGAUCAGAUGGAGGAUUUCAAUGAAAGAUGGAAAGCUCUUACAUCUCAAGUCACUCAACGUAUAUCACUGUUGAAAGGACUUGACAUAAAGCUGAUACAAUUGAAAAAAGAAAUUGAUGAUAGUGUACAGUGGAUGGAUGAUACUCAGACUUUACUUAAUUCACCAAUGAGUGAACCAACUAAAGUUUCUUCAAAAGAGCUUGAAGAAAAGGAAGAACUUAUUCAGUCAUUAGACAACGCAGUUAAGAAACGUAAGACAAGCAUUAAUGAUGAAAUGAACAAAGCCGAGAAGAUAAUUGCUGAAACAAAGAGUGUUUCUUAUCGCGCUACGACUGUGGAACAAUUGUUGGCAGACUUUACUUCUCGUUGGGAGAAAUUGUGUAGUUUACUAGACAAAAGAAAGAAAUGGUCUUUCAGUUCUAUCAUUGAGGUUAUUGCAACUCUCGAGGAGAGAAUUAUUGAAGCUGAACAGGAACUUGAUCGUAUGGAACAAAUUCCUGACGAUGAGAUGAGGAUACAAGAACAGAAAAAAAUAAUUGAGCCUUUGGAGCAAGCAAUUGCUGACAACGAACCCACCGUAGCAGCUGUAAACAGGACAGGGAAUGAGAUUAUUAAACACUCCAGUGUAGAUGAAGCAGAAAUCCUUCGUAAUAAACUUGACGAUCUCAAUAGACGCUGGAAGAUUAUUUGUACAGAAGUUUCAGAUAAACAGUAUAGCAUGAAUGAAGAAGAUUUGGAGUAUGAGGAGUUAGCUAAUGAAUCACAAGAUCCAACUCAAUGGAUGACUCAAGUGGAAGUAUCGCUGGCUCAACCUGAUCCAUCUCUCGCUGAUCUUGAUGGACUGCAGCAUCAACUUGCUCAUGUCAAAGAUAUUGAAUCUGAAAUGGUUGAAAAGGAAGAUGCAGUUGAUGGUAUACCCAAAACAAGACAACGUCUACAGACAAAACCAAUCUUAUCCAAACCGUCAAAAGAAGACGUCAUGAAUCCUGUAGAAGCAGUUGAGACCCAAUGGCAGAGUAUUGUUGUUGAGAAAAAUACUGUUUCGUUUGCAACGCCAGAUAUACUUGUCUCGCACUUUGAUGAAGAUAAGACUCCAUGGCCUAAGUUUGACAAAGCUGUUUCAGAGCUUCAUGACUGGCUCUCUAUUGUUGAAGAAGUCAUUAAAAGUCAACGCAUCAUGCUUGGUAACGUUGAUGAAAUGGAACGAUUAACGAACAAACAGAAACAGUCUGUGGAGGGAGAACUUCGUGGUAAACAUUAUCUUCUGAAUGAUAUUUCUGAAAUGAGUCUUAAACUCGAGGAAGAGACAGACGAUGAGUCCCAUAAGAACAUAUUGCAUCAACAGGUGCAGUCUCUCAAGGAUCACUGGCACAGGGUCCAACAGCAGUCUAAUGAAUGGUUAACACGGAUAAAUCUGAUGUGGAAUUUGUGGAGACAAUAUGAAAAGAUCAAAACGGAUCUGGAAGCAUGGCUUACCAGGGCAGAAGAAAAAAUGGUAGAAGUUUGGAAGGCGUCUGGAAAUACUGUCGCGGAACUGGAAGAACUACUGACAAAUCAUAAGAAUUUUGUAGAUGAAGUCGAAAGUUGGCAACCGCUUGUAGAUAGGUUGAAUGAUGUUGGCAACGAAUUAAUACGAGAAUUCCCUGAACAUAAUCCGAGUGACAUUCGGUUAACUUCACAUCGUGAUACACAACGUUACAACAAACUGGCUUCAAAUUGUGCAGAGCAUACAGACAAGAUGAACCGUCUUGUUCAAUUUGAUGAGAGCAUGACAGAAGCACUCACUUGGCUCACUUCAACAGAAUCAAAAAUUGCUGAAUUGGAUAGUGCGGCCGAUGCAGCUGAAGAACACACCGAUCGCUCAUCUUUGAAAGAAGAACUAAAAGUUGUAGAAGUGGAUAUUAACAACCACCACGAAAUUUUUGCUUCUCUAAACGAGACAGGUCAGACAGUAAUGUGUGAUCUUGAAUCAGGAGAGGUUCUUGCUGGUCUUCAAUCCAAACUUGAUGAUAUAAAUGAUCGAUGGAAUAGUCUCAAUGCAAGGUUAAUUGAUGUUGGACACAAACUCAAUGGAGGUAAACUGCUUGCGGAAGACGAACAGCGCAAGAAAAUUGAAGACGAAGAAGCUUUGGAAGAAAUGCGAGAUAAGUUAGCUAAACUUGAAAAAAGUCUUGAAUCGACGUCACAAGAAAAGGACGAAGUAAAUGAAGAGAUGGGAAAACAAAAAAUUAAAUUAGAACGCGAGACUGCGGAGAAGAAUGAAGCAUUUGAAAGAAUACGGGAGCUUGACGGCAAAGUUAACAGUGCUGCCAUUCUUCUUGAAGCUCACAAAAAAGUUAUCGAAAAACUUAAAGUGAUCGUCGAAAAAUCUGGUGGGAAGAUUCCUGAAGACUGCAAUGUUGAGCAUUUUGUCAAGAAUAGUACUGGUGCCCCACCGGAAAUUCCUAAUCUUGAAGCACCUGCUGGUCCGCCUCCCCCUCCUCCAUUGGCUGGAUUACUUCCUCCCGGUGCACCACCACCUCCUAGCGGAGCACCACCUCCACCACCGCCCUUACCAGGAGGGGUGCCACCACCACCUCAACCUUUCGGGGGUGCAAUACCAGGUCCACCGCCUCCCCCUGGACCCCCAGGUGCCCCUGGCCUACCAGGUGCAUUACAGAAAAAAGUGAAGAGAAAUGUACCAAAGCCUUCCCUACCUUUGAAAUCAUUUAAUUGGUCGAAACUGCCUGAUACCAAAAUAAAAGGAACAGUUUGGACGGAAAUCGACGACUCGAAGAUUCAUGAAAUCAUGGAUUUUAACGACUUUGAUCGCAUGUUCUCAGCAUGUCAAAAAUCUAAGAAUGACCAGAAAGACGGUGGUGCAGAAGAUCGUUUGGCUUCGCAAACAAAAAGCAAAGAAUUGUCUUUAAUAGACAGUAGGAAAGCCCAGAACUGUCAAAUUUUGUUAUCAAAACUAAAAACUUCUAACGAACAGUUAGCGCGAGCUGUUCUCACCAUGGAUAAAGAUGGUGAAUUAUCUGUAGAAAUGCUCGAACAGCUCUUGAAGUUUGUACCCACUCCCGAAGAAAAAAAUCUGCUUAAUGAUCAUAGUAAGGAGAAAGAACAGUUUGCCAAAGCAGACAGAUUUUUAUAAGAAAUGUCCAAAAUCAACCAUUACGAACAACGAUUGGGAACUUUGUUUUACGUUAAACGUUUCCCAGAACGAAUGGGCGAUAUAAAACCAAAAGUUAAAGCUGUGAUAGAAGCAUCUAAGCAAGUGUUCCGCAGCAGAAAAUUCCGUGAUUUACUUGAAGUUGUCUUGGCCUUUGGGAAUUAUAUGAAUCGUGGAGCGAGAGGAAACGCUACAGGGUUUAAAAUUGCCAGUAUCAAUAAGAUCAUGGACACAAAAUCGAGUUCGAACAGCAAAAUUAAUCUUUUAGAUUACUUAGUCAUGCUUUUGGAGCAAAAGGUGGUUUGUGUGCAAGUAUUUAUAGAUUCACUUUAAAAAAUUAAUUUUGAUGGUCUCGUCUUGGGUUCUUGCAGUUUCCGGCCAUACUGCAACUUGAGGAAGAAAUUGGAGAUGUUAGGACAGCUGCUAAAGUCAGUCUUGUAGAGUUAGAAAAAGACGUAAAGAAUUU